CGCACCUUAAAACCUUGUUUAUUUAACUUAAUCGUGCGUUGCUGCGUUAACGCAUUGCGUCAACGCAAUUGCGUCAACGCAGUGCGUUGUUGGAAGACAAUUCUUUUUGCGUUGACGCUGCGUUGCCCGCCGUUUUUGAAUUCUGAUUUGGUGCUUUCGCCAUUUUCGUCGUAUGACUUCGGUACCGGUAUGUCCGGGAGUGAUGAUGGGUUGACAGUAGGCUACGGUAUUCAUUGCACAGUUGGAUGUAUACAAGUUUAUCCAUACAACCAGAGUGGCGAUACCGUUCGGUACCGUACGUGGUUCGUAAACUUACUUCUGUACUUUGUACAGUGGACUAGAUUAUGCGCAUAAACUAAAAGGGAUCGUACGAUUUGUCUUUAGAAUACCGGUAUCCUUCAUUAAUUCAAUCUUGUUUAUACCAUGAGUCUAUCAAAUCAGCAAAAACUUGGAAUCAUGCUAUGGGCAAAGCGCCGCCGUGAAAGAGAAAACAAUACCUGUACCGGUACACGAAAUUCAAGGCGAUGGUGGGUGCACCCCAUCUUGAGAAAACGAGAGGAAGCUGGUGAAUUUCAUGCACUGGUACAGGAAUUACGGUUGCAGCGACCUGCAUAUUUCAAGGAAUAUUUUAGAAUGUCGACAAAAGAGUUUGACAAGUUACUUGGAAUUGUUGGUCCAAAAAUAGAAAAAUUAACGACGACGUACAGAAGGCCAAUUUCCGCUGCAGAGCGAUUGGCUGUAACAUUGAGAUUCUUGGCAACUGGAGACUCUUAUCGGACCAUUGCCAAUAGUUAUCGUUUAGGGAUUUCCACCGUUUCCCUCAUUGUACCAGAUACAUGCAGGCCAUUGGGAAGGACGAGUCAUGGAGACUGCACCCCAUUUGUAUUUGUAGCUGAUGAGGCAUUCCCUUUGAAGGAAAAUAUUAUGAGACCAUAUGGUGGGAACAACCUGAACUCAAAACAGAAAAUAUACAACUACAGGUUGUCAAGGGCUCGCCGAAUGGUAGAGAGUUUUGAGGAAAGGAGAAAAUCAGCCAGAAAGAGUGCAGGAAGCUUCCUCAGAAGCUGACAGCAAUACCUUACUGAGGAGUUUGUCACAGAUUGGGGGUCGUGCAACAUCCCGGGCGAUAGCUACAAGGGAAUCGUACACUGAUUUUUUUAGUGGCCAAGGAGCUAUUGGAUGGCAAAAUGACCAAGUUUGAAGGUGAUCAGAUCAUUAUACACUAUUACGCAAUAAACAUUAAUAAUAUAUCGAGGUUGAAGUUGCAUAUCUUGUUGCGUCAUUGUGUGCCACCCCCCCCCAUCUAGCAUUCAAAUAUAUUCGUAACACAUAAAAGUACUACAAACCAGUAUAUAUUUGAGCAUGUAUCUAAUCUGUAUUAAAUUCUAGAUGAAACAAAACUUCUUGAAUUUCAAUCUUUGCCUGCUGAAAUUUUUUAUUUGGCAAUCGUCUAAAUGUCUGCACAAGCGAUUGGGCAAAUAUUUCAGCAUCAUCUUGUUCUGGAAAAAACAUUUAGAGGAGUAGCUAUUGUUUCUUCAUUUUGUGUAUCUUUCUUGCAAUUAUACUGUCCAUUUCAAAUAAUUCUAAUUAUCGAUAUCUUUACUUUUUUGUCUAUCAGAGUUUUGUAGUAGCAAUAAAUAUGAAUACUACUGACCUUUGUUAACUAGACGUAGAAUGGCCUGAUCGAUAUCAAAGCUGGAAGAAGACUCUUCCAGCUUCUCUUGCACUUGCCUCUGAUCUUGGAUAUCACCUUCGUUUUCAUAUACAACGAGGGUGACAUCUUCAGGCACACUGCUAGAUGUUCUAAAAUUAAACAGGGGCCAUAUGUUACCUCAUACUCAUUACUUAGUAAGACAUCUUUGUUUUUCACAGGUCAAUGAUGAAAACAGGGUGGGAAAAGCAAGUUUUCAGUUUAUUGUUAUACAUUGUUUCAAAUAAAAGAGUUUUGUUUCUAUGAAAGUGUCAUUUCAUUUUAUUGACAUAUCAGUAUACUUAGUGGAGUGUAUGACAUGGAAUAUUUUAUGAAGUUUUAUUCAGUCUUUGUAAAAAUCAAAAUAGGGCUUUUGUGGUAAUGACAUACGGUAUAGGUAGA